CUAAUCUCCUCAGUAAUUCGAGGCAUCACCAAUUUUUGGUGUUCUGUUUUCAUACUACCUAAAGGGGUUAUUAAAGAAGUGGAAAAGAUAUGUGGUGCUUUUCUUUGGAAUAAUGAAACUCACAGUACCAGAGCUGGCUGUAUGUCUGUACUCCAAAACAGGAGGGAGGUCUAGGACUCCAGAACUUAGCUCAGUGGAAUCAAGCUUGCAUUUUAAAGUUUAUAUGACUGUUAUUCUCAAAGGCAGGUUCUCUUUGGGUUGCUUGGGUCCAGGAAAACUUACUUAAGGGCAGAAGCUUUUGGUCCAUUAAUGUUCCUUCUAAUGCUUCUUGGGGAUGGAGGAAAAUUUUAAAACUAAGGCCAUUAGCUAGAGGGCUGAUCCAGCACAUACCAGGAAUGGUCAGAACACUUAUCUCUGGCAUGAUAAUUGGCACCCGUCUGGCCCACUGUUAGGAGUUUAUGGAAACUCUAUUGUUCAUGAUGCAGGGAUACCCUCCCAGGCUAAACUAGCCACUGUUAUAAGUGGUAGAUUUGGAAUUGGCCUCCUGCUAGAGAUCUCCCCAAUUGGUGGAAAUCCAAAUACCUCUUUUUGAUAUUCAUCCUAGGGAAGGUGAAAAUGAUUCAGUUAUUUGGUUGAUCUCCCCUUCUGGAUCUUUCAAAACUGGUCAGACUUGGCAUUGGUUGAGAAAUAAGCAACCCAAGAAGGUAUGGCACAAACUUGUUUGGUUUCCUCAUGCUAUCCCUAAGCACAGCUUCAUAGGUUGGCUAGCCAUACUUAAUAGAUUGACUACAAAAGCUAGACAAAAGCAAUGGACCCCUACCAUCUUGGAUACUUGUAUCCUAUGCAAUAAUCGCUCAGAAACUUCCGAGCACUUGUUCUUCAAGUGCAGUUAUGCUAACACAAUAUGGAGACAGAUUAGUACUAUGAUCAAUGUUCCCUUUGUGGACUCUUGGCAGGACUUAUUUUAUUGGAUGGGGAAAAGGGUCAGAAGAAAAUCUUUGCUUAGCAUUCUGAUCAAACUCUCAUGGAAUGCCACAAUCUACAACAUUUGGAUGGAAAGAAACAAAAGAGUUCAUCUACAGCUCUUUAGGUGAGAGUAAAUCCUUCAUUAGAUUCAAUUUGAGGUUAGAGCUAGAAUGCUGGAGUUUGCUCGCCCAAGGUCUUCAUCACUUCCUAUGGCUGUUGCAAUUCAACGGGGACUUGAAGCAGUUGUGACAGAUUAGUUUCUGGGUGAUAGUAGAAUGUGUACUGGCUAUUGUGUAUUU